AUGGUAAACUUGUUGCGCGCUUUUACCAAUCGGAAUAUUGGAUUAGGUGUCAUUGGAUUUAAUGGGAACGUAGCCGCUGGAAUCGCAGUGGAACUAAAGGACGAUUUAUUGAUCAAACUAAUUUUUAUACAGGUGGUGGAGCACCUAAUCAAGCAACCUUCCAUGGCCAGAAUGGGAGACGCUUUGCUGCUUGCUAUUAGUAAAGGUUAUCUUCGAAUUGCUGAAAUCUUGAUGAAUCAUCCGUCUUUCUGUGUAAACCAAAGGCUAACCACAAGUCCCGGAGAACUAAUGCUCAUCGACCCAAAUUCCGAUUUUUACGCCUACGACAACGACGGCACGCGGUUCUCGCCUGACAUUACUCCAAUAAUACUAGCUGCGCAGUGUCAAGAGUUCGACAUAGUGUACGAAUUAAUACGACGAGGUGCGACCAUACAACACCCACACCCAUAUAGAUGUCAGUGUACCGAAUGCACGGCCAUGAGACGAGAUGAUGCUUUAAACUUCUGUCUUUCACGUUUGAAUGCUUACAAAGGACUAGCAAGUCCUGUGUAUAUGUCGAUCGUGACCAGGGAUCCCGUCCGACAUGCUUUGAAACUUUGCCACGAGCUUAGUAAAAUGGCAACCAUGGAAAAGGAAUUUAAGAAAGAUUACCUGAAGUUGGUGCACCAGCUGUACGAUUAUCUCGAAAAGCUUUUAGACAUCUGCCGCAACUCGGAAGAGGUCAAUGCUAUGUUGAGUGGUAAUUACAGCGACUCUUGGAAGGGAUUAGCACGAAAGCAAUCGGGAAGAACCAGCAGCAAUGAGAUUACAAACAAUCAUCUGAUGAAGAGCUUUUCUAACGUAGCGGACGAGCACAUAGACCACCCGAGACUCUACCAGCUUAAACUUGCCAUAAAAUACGGAGUAAAAGGAUUCGUUGCAAAUCCGAACUGCCAACUCCAGCUGAUCGCAAUUUGGAACCGCGACCUUAGCUGGCUCAGGCAGCUUUCUAUUGGAUACAAGUUCCUUUUGGCAGUCGGAAUGAGUCUCUUCAUGCCCGUUCUAUCGAUUGCCUACUUCGUCGCGCCCCGCAGUAAGGUUGUUCGAACGAUGAAAAGUCCAUUCUGUAAAUUCGCCACACAGGGAAUGUCGUACGCCCAAUUCCUCAUGCUUCUCAUAUUAAAUUGCAUGGACAGGGUUGAAGGAUUUGAGUUUUCCUCCACAUUUACAUUCCUUCUUCACCAAACCUCGCGAGACGGAAGACACACCCAGUUUAACUGGUGCGAGGUCUUUAUUAUGCUCUAUAUCGCAGGUCUUUUAUGGAACGAAGUUCGAGAGUUGUGGGACGAAGGUCCGCGAAACUACAUCAUCCAGCUGUGGAAUGUCCUCGAUUUCUUCAUGUUGCUUAUUUUGAUUACCUCCUUUGCUUCGAGUUUUAUUUCUCAUCGAAACAGCUGGAUUGCCCAGCAGAGAUGGGAUGAAAUAUUUAAAGAAAACGCGACUUUUGUAGAAUGCGAUCAUAUGUCUGGUAAUAUUACUCUAUUUGGUCAACUGGUUAACGUUGAUGUUCCACGGUGGAUGUGUUAUUAUUCAUACAAACACGCCGACCGAGCGAAUUGGUACGGAAGUGAUCCUCAGCUGAUAGCGGAAGCUUUGUAUUCAUUCGGAAUCGUCCUUAGUUUUACUCGAAUCUGCUACAUAUUGGAAGUUAACGAGAAAUUCGGUCCGCUGCAAAUCUCAUUACUGAGCACUGUUGGCGACAUUAUAAAAUGGAGCGGAAUAUUCUUCAUGAUUUUCGGAGCGUUUCUGUUGGGACUGUUCAACUUGUAUUCGUAUUACCGGGAACCUGAAGCGAAAACUACUAAAGCAUUCACAACGAUUGAAGAAACGUUUAUUACGUUGUUCUGGUCGAUGUUUGGUUUGGCCGAUUACAGAGGCGUUGAAGUAAAGUACGACCAUCAACUUACACGGAUUGUCGGCUACCAGUUGUACGGCGCUUACAACAUCAUUACAGUUAUCAUAAUGCUCAACAUGCUAAUAGCCAUGAUUAAUCGAUCAUACUCUGAUGUCGAGGUGGAUUCAGACUUGGAAUGGAAAUUUGCUCGUGCGAAACUAAUGCUGUCAUAUUUUGACCCCGGAAGCACGCUACCUGUACCUUUCAACCUUUUAACGCUGCCGCAGUGUAUACACGAUGGUGUAAUCUACAUAUUUAAGCUAACACGCAAAGAGUUGUACAAGAAAACGCGAAGGGCUUCAUCCAGCCAACGAAGAGACCAUCAUAGAAAGAAAACAGAACUUAGAAAACGCAUGAGCAUGCAUCACAUAAACGUCAUGACACGCAUUGUGAAGAGGUACGUGCUGCGUGCACAAGUAGAGGAAGCUGGUGGUUCUAACACGAGUGAAGCCGAUCUGCAGGAAAUCAAACAUGAUAUCAGCAGCCUGAGGUACGAGGUGAUAGGUGGUCUUACACGUUGGGAUAGUAAAAUCGAAGAACUUUUUAACUCGUUGGAGAAGCAGAAGACGGAGGAAGGUCAAAUACAGAUCAGCACUGCUGUUGCUCAAAUUGAACGAAAGUCGAAAAAUGAAAGACUGGCGCCUCCCGUCUUAGAUGCCACGGAGAUCAACAAAUAAAGAAAAUAAUCUGGUCUCAAAAAUUAUACUGUAACACGUUUAUUACUUCUGACUUUUCUCAUGUCAUUAUAGUACGUUGAAUUUUUUAUUACUAUAUUUUGGCAAACGUGUUGUUUAUCGUGCGUUUGAACCAACAAAGAACUAUUUGAAAUGAUCUUU